AGGUGGCUUCCAGCCAUGGCUGCGGCGAACCCCUGGGACCCAGCGUCCGCACCUAACGCUGCCGGGCUACUGCUGGGCCAUUUCGUGGCUUCAGGGGUGGUCACUCAGGUGUGUGGGGGCGAUGGCGUCAAUAAGGGGGUGCACACCGUGGCGACAGAAGAUGGCUGAUAUGUUAAAUAUAUCUAAGAAAUCAGAUUCUUGCUUUGUGAACUUCUCCAGACUACAGCAGAUCACAGAUAUUCAAGCUGAAAUCUAUCAGAAAAACCUGGAAAUUGAACUCCUAAGACUAGAAAAAGAUACAGAAGAUGUUGUCCAUCCUUACUUUCUGGCUCAGAAGUGUCAUACUCUGCAAAGCAUGAAUAAUCAUUUGGAAGUGGUGCUCAAAGAGAAGCGGUCCCUCAGGCAAAGACUGUUGAAACCCAUGUGCCAAGAAAACUUGCCUAUUGAAGCUGUUUAUCACAGAUACAUGGUACAUUUAUUGGAGUUGGCAGUAACUUUCAUUGAGAGAUUAGAAAACCAUCUUGAAACAAUUAGAAAUAUCCCUCAUGUAGAUGCAAAUCUAAAAAAAAUGAGCAUGGCUUUAGCAAAGAUGGAUAUUUUGGUGACUGAGACAGAAGAACUGGCAGAGAAUAUACUGAAGUGGCGAGAACAACAGGAGGAAGUCUCCUCUAGUAUCCCCAAAAUAAUAGCUGAAGAAAAUUUUCUUCAUAACUGUGAUGUUAUCAUAUCUCCUUUACCUUUUACUUCUAAAGUUAGUGUCCAAACUAUUAAUACCAAGUAAUUAUCAGCUGUAUAUUUUUGAAUUUUAUGUAGUCCUGUGAAGUUCAUUUUUAGUCAGUUAUAACAUGAAUAUUUAUAGACUUUGCUGCUGACAAUACUGAAAGAGCCCUUUUUAUAUUGAAAUACUGAUUCCAAGUUCAUUAAGACCAACUGAAUUUUCCUUUGUUUUUCAUAUAUUUUCAUUCCACUUUUCAGUAAAAUUCAAAUAUAACUGAUAAUUUAUUAAUGUGAGCUCAUUAACCAUAUCUUAAGCAGCAGUCUUUAUUAUGCAGUUUAAAAAAAAAAGUUUGUUUCUGAAUUAGGAGAGUCUUGAAUCUGAAAGUAUGUUGAUUAUUUCUGUGGACUGUUACUAAGUGUGCAAAAAAGAGUCACAAAGCAGACCUGGCUGCUGUCCUGUGAAAGGCCUGGUUGGCUGUCAUCUGGGAACUUAGAUUUCAAGAGGGUUUCCUCCACUCUCACUGUUAAGAGUUGCUUGCUGUGACUGAGGUGUUUGCAUGGUUUGGUUUGUACUGAACAUCUGUUUUCACCCUGGGAGUCUAGAAUUUUGGUACAUGCUAGGCAGAAGGUACCUAUGUGACUAGCCUGCAGUAAUUACCCUAGCACUGCAACUUGAGUGAGCUUUUGUGGUAGACAACAAUUUCACACAUGUCACAACUCAGUUGCUGGGAAAAUUAAGCACAUCCUGUUGGAUUCCACUGGCAGAGGACUCUGGAAGCUUGUACCUGGUGUCUGCCAGACUUCGCCCCCAUACACCUUUUUCCCCUUUGCUCUUUUUGCUUUGUAUGCUUUUGCUGUAAUAUAUCAUAGCCAUGAGAACAAAAAUACACAGGAUUCCUCCAAGCAUAUCAUCAAACCCAGGGCAGGAGGCGGUCUUGGGGACCCUGACACACUAAGCAGUUCCUGAGGGUGUUCAUUGACAGCCUUAGGAAUAGGCAAAGAAGAAAAGUAGAUCAAAGCAAAGAAAAAGGCACAUUAUGGUAAAACUUUCAGAGGUUUUAUCUUAGAAAUUGCUCAGAUAUUUUACCUAUCUGAGGUUAUUAUGCAUAUAAAAGGGACUGGUAUACUAACACUUUAUCUCAGAUUGUAUUCUUUUGUAUCAGUGGUACAACUAUCACUGGCUUAUUUUCAGACUUGGGGUUCUCUUUUCUUUAAAAUGUAUGCUUCAUUACUUUUAUACUGUUGCAUUCUCUGUAUAACCAGCGUUCACUCAUCUUUGUAUUCAUCACACACUUUAACACAUGAAGAGCCUCAACACAGUGGAUGAGUUAAGUUGUUCAUAAGGAAGCAGGAUCAUCACCAAAAACUGUCCUGCUAAAACAUGUUUUGAAGUCUAUUUUGCUGACUUUUGCAAAUGGGAUAUAGAAGAGUGGUCCUAAUUUCCUGAAUAUUGCCUAGACACUUUAAGCAAAACUUUUAGUUGUAUUCAUUAGAAUCUGUUGAAGCCCAGCCUUGAUUUCAGACAUCCUGCAAAGCUUUUUCUUCAUUUGAUUUCAUGAUUUUCUUCAUGAUUUCUUGAUAUCUUGUCAUUAAUAUUGGUAAGUCUGGUUGUUUUUUGUUUUAUUUUGGGGUUAUUUUGUCUUUUUCAAAAUAAAAAAAAUAAACCUGCAAGUUCUAACUAAAA